AUUAGAUAUGUUAAUGACUUUUGCUAAUAACGAGGGAAAUCUGAACAAAGAGGACAUCAUUAAGGAGGGCUACCCCUUUAACAACUCGGGUAAAUUAGCAACCAAGAGGAUCUGUAUUUAAAAGUAGAAUUCUUCGAAGAAGAAUUGAUAAACGGUCGAUUAUCUCAAAAAGUCUUGAAAAGGACCCGUUUAAUUACCAUACAAAUAAACAUAACAGUGAAUUUGAAGUGAGCCAGGCUGAAAAAUCAAAGAUUAGCAAAGAAAGAGAGGAUUUUCUUAAUGCAGAUGAGCAGGUUAGCAGAGCCAUGAGCCAGAAAAAGCUCUUUGAGACUAAAGGAUUUCAUAAAGGCUCAGGAAUGUUAUCGUUAAAGAGACAGCAGAGUUAUGGUGAUAAGAGGAAAAGUAUUCGGUCUCAGGCUCGAUACCAAAGCAAAAAGCAUGAACAAAUGAAUUUAAAUUCUCCUACUCAGGACCUUCUUCGAAGUAGUAUUCUAUUUAAAGAUCCUGACGAUGUGAAUAAUACUAAUAGGUUAAUGAGGAAAAUCUCUUCCAUUGAUAGUCCUGAACAGAUUGCUAUUCAUUCUACUCGCGACCAGAACUAUCAAGAUAUGUCCAAGAAUUUGUACAAGCCAAAGCGAGAAUGUACAACAAGAGGGAGCAACAUUAAUGUUGAUGAUGAAGGAAAGAAAAGUGAGGGUGCUGUACAAUCCCGGAGAUUUCCUGUAAUUUCUCCGAGCUCAAAGUUGCCAAAAGUUUUCCUUAACAAAGGGAUUAAAAAUAUCAAGCGAAUCGGACGGAGAAAUAAUCAGACUGUACUUAAAGAGAUGCUUCAAAAUCCAAGACAAGGGAACCCCUUCAAUAAUCCUCCUAGAAGUGUGAGGAAGAGCAAAUUCUCCAAGGUCAACGAUGACUCUGAAACUAUCCAGCCGUUGUUUCCAAGUCAGGAGAAAUCUAGCAGGAAUAUAGAAGUUAGCCAAUUCAUGAUUUAUGGGAGUAAAAAUAAUCAAUUUUAUUCUGACUCCAAACCGAGUGAGGGUUUGCAAAUCGGAACGUUCAUAAAGAGUUCUGCUAAGAUCAGGAAGACGCAUAAGAACAUGAACAAGAGCACUGAGGAGUAUAAGACCUCUCAGGAUUAUACAACUUUGGAUUCAUCUAAGUAUUACUCCAAUCAAGUGUAUGACAAGAGUCAGGGGAAGUCUUCCAACAGGAAGAAUAUUACCUUCUCGAAUGGCAGCUUCAAACCUGAUCCAGAGCUAUGUGGCAAUAUCAAGAUAGAGGAAAGUAUUGGUAGGGAUGGUCUUGGCAAAGCUAAAAAAAGCAAGCUCGACACCUUAGGAUGAACAUUCGGCAAGAUUAACUUUAAUAAGAGAAAUCUGAAGAAGAGAGUUCUAUCACACUCGAAAAAUACCGGGGUUAUGCAUAAGAGAUUACAGAAUGCAUCGGUAGAAUCCAGGAUUAAUAAGGAUCUUUUUGAGUCUAUUCAGGAAUAUCAAAAUAAUCUCCAAGAUUCUAAAGAUUUGAAAAACUCUAAUAUUGUUGAUAAGAUGAACUAUUCCUUGAAAGUAAACUUUGUAGCUGGCAGUGAUUGAUCAAGUGAAGAGAGACCUCCGACUGGAAAAUGGGGUAAUUAGUU